UGCUUGGUGAUUGUAUUUUGUAAAUUAUUACAGUUUUUUGCUAAUAUUUCGAAAAUGUUAACAAAUGCAUUGACUAAAAUUGUUUUAAAUUAAUAUCCUUUAAUCAGAAUCAACUAUCACCAACAGUGUUUAUGAGGAAAUACGGCCCGUUUCGUCUCUAGGCCAAGAUGACAAAUCUCGAUGCAAGUAACAGCAGCACUGACAGCAGCUCUGGGUCGACAUCCGACUCUAGCAGCAGCGCAACAUCUUCUACCAGCUCUUCAGCUUCCAGCAGCUCCGACUCAGAGUCCUCAACCGCUGAACAGCCAGCAGCCGCCACGGCAGCGGCAGCGCCAAAGUCCCCCAAACCAGUUGCACCAGUUGAAGACAAAAAGAGAGAAGAACCCAAACCAAUACGAUCAUCAAAACCAAAAAUAUCAUCAUCAAGCGAUGAAGAACAACCUAAACCAGCAACACCUAAACCAAUUCCACCAAAACGUUCCACGAAACCCAAAAAUGCCGCAUCAGUACUUGCUAAAGCCAAAUCAUUCGCUCCCAGAAUUACAACCGGUGCCAAAUCGAAAGCAAUAUCGAAAACUAUACCCAAACAGUCUAAAAUUGAUGCAAAUAUAUUGAAGAAGAAAAGUAUUUUCUCACCGGACAACAGUUCUGAAAGCGAGUCAGAGAGCAAACAUAGUAGAGGUUCAAAAACAAGUCCAAAAGCGUCACCACGUAAUGGGAAGAAGAGUUCAAGAAAAUCAAGCGAAGAAAAAGACACGCCUUCCUCGCUAUCGCCGCCGCCAACUCCUAUACUAAACGAGGAUUCAAACUCAAACUCCAAUUCAAAGGAUAAUGUGAAAAGAAGAGCUAGUAGAUUGAAUGGACCUCCGCCUAAAAAGGUGGUGGAGGAUAAAAGUGCGUCCUCGUGCACGUCGAGUCAGUCCUCCAUCGAGUCCGUGUCAUCUGAGAGUGACAGCGAAUCGAUACACAAGAAUGGAAUUUUGAAAACCGGAAAGACGAAAUCUCCUUCAAAUGCUAGCAGUAAGCAAGAAACAACUGGCAAAAGCGGUGACUCUGGCGAUUCAUUAUCAGGAACGAUGCCACGUAAACUGACCCGCUCGCUAUCGGCUCGUGUCUCGCGCAUGGCCACCGCGUCCAAACUGACGCACACAGACACAGAUUCCGACACGGAGGAGAAGUGUAACGAAAUAAGCAAAGACGACAAGCGCUUAGCGAAAGCGCGAGCAGCCAUCGCUAGAUCCCCGGCGUUGCCUUUAACGCCAACCGCGCCUUCGGAGCGACGGUGUCCUGUUAGAGACUGUGACUCGAUGGGGCAUCUUGGUGGCAAGGCCCCGCGGCACUUCACAUGGGACGCGUGCCCGAUAUACCACAACGUGACGGCGGCGUGGUGUGUGGCCGCAGCGGAAGAGAGGGCCGCGGCGGCCGCGACGCGUCGCAGGGCUCUCGCGGCGAUGCAGCAAAGGCCCCGCGCCAUGCCCACCAUAGAGCAACGCGCGUACCAACUCAAAGUUAAAGACAUGCGUUCAAAAUGGAAAGGCAGCCAAGAGUUGCGUUCGAUGCCCACAAACGAGGACCUUGGAGAAGAGAGGGAGCCGGUUCUAGAAGGCUUCGCUCCAGAUUACGACUUGAGACUGUUCCGGGACGCUCAAGCUCUUGCUGCUGUUAAAAUUGAAGAGGAGCUCGGAGAAAUAUGUACGGAUAAAGGGACCAGUACAUGUUCCAGAUACGUCGUUAUGGGGAAAUACAUGAUGGAGGUUUGGUACCAGUCGCCGUACCCCGGGGACGCGGCCCGGGUGCCCCGGCUGUUCGUCUGCGAGUUCUGCCUCUCCCACCAGAAGUGCGCGGCGGGGAACACGAGGCAUAAAGCGAAGUGCGUUUGGAGACACCCGCCGGGGGAUGAGGUGUAUAGAAAGGAUAGUCUAAGCGUGUGGCAAGUAGAUGGCCGGAAACACAAGCAAUAUUGCCAGCAAUUGUGCCUCCUAGCGAAGUUUUUCCUCGAUCACAAGACGCUGUACUACGACGUCGAGCCGUUCCUCUUCUACGUGAUGACUUGUGCUGACAGCGAGGGUUGUCAUAUCGUCGGGUACUUCAGUAAGGAAAAGAAUUCGUUCCUAAACUACAACGUCUCCUGUAUUCUCACAUUACCACCGUACCAGAGGCAAGGUUAUGGAAGACUGCUCAUCGACUUCAGUUAUCUACUCACAAAGGUCGAGGGUAAAGUAGGGUCCCCAGAAACUCCACUAUCUGACCUCGGGCUAAUAUCGUACCGAUCGUACUGGAAGGAGGCUCUGCUGAAGAGGUUGUGCUCCGCGCCCGGCCCAAUGCUGAGUAUACGGAAUCUGAGCAGCGAUCUAGCGAUCGCUUCAUCAGACAUCGUGUCAACUUUGCAAGAGCGGGGUCUGAUGAAGUACUGGAAGGGCAAGCAUAUUGUGCUGAAGAAACAGGAGGUGCUAGAAGAUGCGACCCGGCGUGCCGGGCGCGCGCGCUGCGUUGACCCCGCCAGCCUGCGUUGGUGGGGCGGAGGCGGCGGCGGUGCGCCCCGCUGA